AUGUCAAGCUUGCGCUUCCUCGACCUCGUCAAGCCCUUCGUGGCUUUCCUGCCCGAGGUGCAGCAGCCCGAGACCAAGGUCCCCUUCAACCAGAAGUUGAUGUGGACCGGUCUCACCCUCCUGAUCUUCCUGGUCAUGAGCCAGAUGCCCCUCUACGGCAUCGUCUCGUCCGACACCUCCGACCCGCUGUACUGGCUGCGCAUGAUGAUGGCGAGUAACCGCGGCACCCUCAUGGAGCUGGGUAUCACCCCCAUCAUCACCUCCGGUAUGGUCUUCCAGCUCCUCGCUGGCACCCACAUGAUCGAUGUCAACCUCGACCUCAAGUCGGACCGCGAGCUGUACCAGACCGCCCAGAAGCUGUUUGCCUUCAUCCUCUCCGCCGGUACCGCCACUGUCUACGUCUUCAGCGGCCUCUACGGUCCCCCCGGCGACCUGGGCGCCGGCAUCGUCUUCCUGCUUGUUCUCCAGCUGGUUGUCGCGGGCAUGAUCGUCAUCCUGCUCGACGAGCUCCUCCAGAAGGGCUACGGUCUCGGCAGCGGUAUCUCGCUCUUCAUUGCCACCAACAUCUGCGAGUCCAUCAUGUGGAAGGCCUUCUCGCCCACCUCGAUCAACACCGGCCGUGGCCCCGAGUUCGAGGGUGCCGUCAUCGCCCUCUUCCACCUGCUGAUGACCUGGCCCAACAAGCAGCGCGCUCUGCAGGAGGCUUUCUACCGACAGAACCUCCCCAACAUCAUGAACCUCCUCGCCACUCUGGCCGUCUUCGCCGCUGUCAUCUACCUCCAGGGCUUCCGCGUCGAGAUCCCCGUCAAGUCCAACCGCCAGCGUGGUGCUCGUGGCUCCUACCCCGUCCGUCUGUUCUACACCUCCAACAUGCCCAUCAUGUUGCAGUCGGCCCUGUCCUCCAACAUCUUCCUGAUCAGCCAGAUGCUGUACUCGCGCUUCUCUGAGAACCUGCUCGUCCGUCUCUUCGGUGUCUGGGAGGCCAAGGACGGCUCCGCCCAGCUCUCGGCCGUCUCUGGUCUCGCCUACUACAUGUCGCCCCCCUUGAACUUCAAGGAUGCUCUCCUCGACCCCAUCCACACGACCGUCUACAUCGCCUACAUGCUUACCGCCUGUGCCAUCUUCUCCAAGACCUGGAUCGAGGUGUCCGGCUCCAGCCCCCGCGAUGUUGCCAAGCAGCUCAAGGACCAGGGUCUCGUCAUGGCUGGUCACCGUGACCAGAGCAUGUACAGGGAGCUCAAGCGCAUCAUCCCCACUGCUGCCGCCUUCGGCGGUGCCUGCAUUGGUGCGCUCUCCGUCGCCAGUGAUCUCAUGGGAGCCCUCGGCUCCGGCACUGGUACCCUCCUCGCUGUCACCAUCAUCUACGGAUACUUCGAAAUCGCAGCGAAAGAGGGCGACCUCGCAGGCAUGAAGGGCAUGAUCAUGGGCUAG